AUGAAAAAUGUUCAUUGUUCUCCAAUACAACAUAUGUUGGUCAAGAAUGCUCAUUAUGGAGACUUAAAUAAAAAUGGCAAGUUUGAUGCCGCUACGAGCAGUGAUGCCGAGUGUAGUGCUGUAGCAAGUUGUAUGGUUAAAUCUAUUUGUGGUGGAAUUAAGAACAAGUCUUGUGACCUGACCAUUGACAACAGUUUACUGCCAACAUCCCUUUGUUCUAGUCGUACAAAACAACUUUAUACCGAAUACACCUGUGUGGAUAAAUAUAUUGCCACAAUAACAAAAGUGCGUAACAUACGGUUGAAGGAGUCACCAAAGAGAGGACACCUUCAAAUAAAAGAUGGUUUCGGUUGGAGAUAUGUUAUAGAAAAUAAUUGGGAUAAAAAACGUCAAAAAAUGCUGUGUCAGCACAUGGGGUUUGAUGAAACUGCCAACAAUAUUAUUAGGAGAAGAACACUGAGAAUGCGCGAAAGUGUUAAGAUUGCAUCAGGGGACUUGAUAUGUUACAGCAGACAGUCAAAAGGAACAUCAUGCUGUGCUCAUCUUGUUCCUUCAACAACAAGGUCAACUGUUUCUGUACCAUAUGUUAAAUGUAAAAUGUGCAAUAAACCCGAAUUACUCCAAAACCAAGCAACUUUUUCUGAUUCUUUUGUCUCCGGAAGUGGUUCGCAUUCUUUUAUGAACGCAAGAUUUGACAGAACUGGUUGGUGUAACGACGGACGAAAAUAUCUUUUGAUUGAUCUUCAGAAAGAAUAUCACAUAACCCGAGUUGUCACCAUGGGAAAUAGAGACCAAACUAAAUGGAUUAGUAAAUAUACAAUGGCGUACAGCCACGACAACAGAUUUGAGAAAAGAAAACAGAUGGCAGGAAACACCAACGGUUUUCAAGCGUCAAUUACGAAUCUUGACAUUUACAACGUGAGACAUAUAAAGAUCGAAUCGAUAAGUAAAACAGAUUUUUGUCUAAGAAUAGAACUCUGUGGAAAAGCUCAAAGGCCAGCACCCGUAAAAAUUGUUGGAACUAAAGAGAACAAAAAUUCAGUAAGAGUAACAUUCAGUAUAGAAACAUCAGAAUCAGCCUCUAGUUAUAUCACAAGGAUCAAUGCAUAUCUUGACGGCAAAAAAAAUCAAAGUGUAACACGGGAAAAACAAUUUCAUAGUGCACGUUACUUCGUUAUUACUGGACUCACGCCAAACACUGAUUAUGAUAUUGAAUUUGAGACUGAAGAUGGUUCUUCUGAAAGGAGCAGCAGGAUUCAUAGAAGGAUCAGGACGAAACAAGCAGCUCCCGGUGGACCACCAUUGCGUGUUAAAUUAACAUCGCGCAGAAAACACUCAUUUGAAUUGUCCUGGGAGGCUCCAGUUGAGAACCUACGAAACGGCAGAAUAACAGGAUAUAAAGUCUGCUAUUCUAAAACAUCUGGUGCUGCUAACUAUCCAGGUCCCAAAUGCAUCAAUAGAUCGAUACGAUCAUCGCCUUAUACAAUCUUUCAACUUCAAUCCGCUACUAUGUACUUUAUUACGGUCGCAGCUGGAACCGAAGCUGGUUUCGGACCAGAGAGCAAGAUAAUUAGCGCAAUUUCGAGCGGAGAUGCUGUUAAUCUUGUCCGAUAUUCGUCUUCAAGUUUACGGAUAACGGGUCUUAAACCGCCAGGACCUUAUAUCAAGGAGGUAAUGAUCGUCGUGAAAAGUGAAAAAGGUGAACAAACAGCGGUCGAAGAUAUUGAAACAAACCAUCUCAAGUCUUUCUCGGCAGACACCGCUAACCUUUAUAUCGCAGCCUAUUUGAACGUCAGUGAUCUAUCUUCGUCGUUUGUGAUCGGCGAUAAGAAGAAUUACUCUUUCAAUGAAAAGAAAUACUUCAACCAAGCCUUGAAACCGAAUACAAGUUAUUCUGUGUUUCUAAGGUUUUUUAAAAAUCAGCGCACGUUUUACUCGACAGAAUGGAGCAGAAGCGUUAAGACGUCGAUGCAACCUUCAGCUCCGCAUGAAAUAAUUAUCAUGUCCACUGCUCAGAAAAAGUAUACCAUAUCCUGGUCUAUAUUUUUACCUGUGAACCAAACUGUCCUGCAGUAUCAAGCAUUCUACGGACAAACAGGAGGCUCUAAAAAAGAAUUGAUUAUCUCGAACGAUAUGAGAUCAGUUGAAGUGGACGUUAACUAUGAAACGGAGUACUCAUUCCAAAUAAGCGUCGCUACUAAUUUCGGGAGAAGUGAUUCAGCAUCAAUGUUAUGGUUAUCUCAUUCAGAACCUAUUUUGCUCCAAAAGGAAACGGAUGGUAGUUACACAUUACUACUGAAAAAGCCAGAGAGUAGAGAUAUCGAAACGGUCGCAUUAGUAUUACUCCUAGUUCAACCGGAUUCAAAGAACCCUCCGGCAAUGGAAACUCUAAAAAUAUCACAGGGGGCGAGAGAAAAUGGUGCCUUUGUGGCCAAACAAUACAGUAUACGUGAAUUGCAAGGUUUAAAAACCAUAAAGAUUUCGCUUCAAAAGUCUGAGCCCAUCGAACGGAGAAAAAGAAUCCUAGCCGAGUUCUAUGUAUUAAAACUAAGUACAACGUCAACGUAUAGAUGUGCGCAAAUGAGUAAGGACACUUCCGGGAAACAAUUCUGGUCAUACUGGAGCAAACCAUUCAAAUUAGACAAAGGGAGUGGUGAUGUCAACGAGCGGGUUGAUGAUGGUGGUAGUGGUAGUAGUGCAAGUAUCGGAGUCGCAGUGGCCGGAACGCUUGCCGCGAUUGCUGUAGUUGUUGUACUGGUAUUAAGUUAUAUAUUCUUCAAAAGAAGGAGAAAUUUUAAAGAAUGUGAAAAUUCGGAAAGCGAUACCCAAAAGGAAUGCAACGAAAUGGAUGAACAAGCUGAUUCAAAUGAAACUGGUGCGAUUGACGAGAAGACUCAUUCUCCCGUUCUGAUUGCUGACUUUGCACAUCAUGUGAACGAACUGAAAGCAAACGAAAAUUAUGAAUUCCAAAAAGAGUAUGAUGCUUUGCCGACAAACUUGAACAUAUCCUGGGAAGUAUCUAAGAAGCCGUUUAACAAGCCGAAAAACAGAUAUGGAAAUGUCGUUACAUAUGACAAUUCUCGCGUAAUUCUAUCAGGAGAUGAAAAUAGUGAUUACAUUAACGCUAGCCACAUUGAUGGUUUCGACAAGAGGUCGUACAUUGCAUGCCAGGGUGAGUAA